AUGACGGUGAUCAAAACUUUAGGUUUGAAUUGCCCAAAUCAAUUUCCCAAGGUUUUGUAUUCUACGACGAUAGAGAUUAGUGUUCGCAUCGAUUGCCCGGGGUGUGAGAGCAAGGUUAGAAAGGCACUGCAAAAGCUAAAAGGUGUGGACAACGUUGACAUAGACAUGGCCAUGCAAAAGGUGACGAUCACUGGAUGGACUGACCAAAAGAAGGUUCUGAGGACAGUCCGGAAGACUGGCCGGAGGGCUGAGCUGUGGCAGCAACCCCCUUUUGAUUCAGAAUACAACUUCGAUACAGACCAAUAUUACAGUCAACAACUAUGUAAUGGCUCUACACCUCAGCCUUCCUCAUCUUACAACUACUACAAGCAUGGUUACGACGGUCCUUCGAAUUAUCAUGCUUAUUAUUCUCAGAAUUCUGCAAAUUCCAGUUCUUAUGGAUAUCAAACUACUGCGGCCUUUAGCGACGAGAACCCUCAUGCUUGUUCUAUGAUGUGA